AGUAGGCUCCUAGCUGCAGAUAUCCCUGGAGAAGCAGGGUUGGGGUUGCUGCCCUGGGUUCCCCUGGCUCCCCAGUGCUUGUUGCCUGCCCCAAGGAGCCGGGUUGAGGGUGCAGCCGGGUGCCUGAGCCUCACCUUUGCUCCAGCACUGACUCAGGGCGCCACGUGCUGCUUUGCGUAAGAGCCGUGCUGGCAAGGAGACUCUGCCCGGGGAGGCUGCCACCAGCCUGGCCCCGGCCAAAGGGCAGGCACAGCCCCUGCGUAAAGCUGGCAGUGACAGGGCACUGGGUCACUGCUGGGCUGGAGCUGAGCACAGGAGGAACCGGUGGGAAAGGGUCUGCUGGAGUGGAGAGAACCCGGAGAGGUCCUGUCUAGGUCUGAAUCCUUCUUCCCCGCAGGCUGAACCGUGCUCCUUGUGAAGAUGGAUUAUGCCAAGUCCCUGAGCCUGCGCCUGGCUGCUCCUGUCUCUAAAUGUGUGUCAGCAAGUGCCUCCAUGACCCAGCAACUGCUGUCGAGCCCGGCCUCACGGCCCCGACCCUUCCGUGUCUGCAACUGGGACCGCAGCCUGCGCAAGGGCAUCAUGGCACAGAGCCUCUCCGAGCUGCUGCACGAGGCUCAGGCUGCCCUGCUCACUCCUGAUCCCAUCUCACUGGUGCUGGAUGAGGAUGGCACUGCGGUGGAGACGGAAUCUUUCUUCCAGACACUGGAGGAGGGCACGGUGCUGAUGGCCCUGAGCAAGGGGCAGACCUGGGCUGCCUCCAAGACCCCUGGAUACCAGCUGAGCCUGUCCCACAAGCCCCCUCGGAGGAUUGAUGUCGCCCGUGUCACCUUCGAUCUGUACAAGACCAACCCCCGGGAUUUGGGCUGCCUCAAUGUCAAAGCCACGCUCUAUGGCACCUACAGCAUGUCCUACGACCUGCGCUGCUAUGGGGCCAAGCGGCUGAUGAAAGAAGCCCUGCGCUGGACGCUCUUCACCAUGCAGGCCACUGGCCACGUCCUGCUCGGCACCUCCUGCUACAUGCAGCAGCUCCUGGAUGCCACGGAGGAGCCCAAGGAGGCAGAGAGCAGCCCAGCGCUGCAGCCCCCCCUCAGCCUCCCCCCCUUGCCCCGCAGGAAGACCCUGCAGUGAGCAUUGGGUGCCCUGUCCCCCUCCUUUACCACUUACCCUAAUGCUGGGGGGGGGUCCCAGCACCCUGCUAGGUCAAUGCCUGGGGAUAGAGGCUGCCAUGGUGCUUGCCAUAGCCUGUCCUUGCACUCCGUUGGCUGACUGGGGCCAGCGUGUCUCUAUUGUCUGCUGCUCUGUAAAUAUAUUUAUUUAAGUAAAGCUUUGCUCAUUUCA